UUCGCUCCUCCAAGCCACAUGUUCGUUUCCAGAAAUUAAAUUUCAUUGUUCAUGUCUCCCUAAUCGUGUGUGUGAUCACGUUUCGUGUCAUUGUAGACAUCCUCGUGUGGGUUUCAAGUGUCGUGGCUCUGGUGAGCCAUCGCUCCGCCAAUCGACGGACGUCGGCGACGGCGGACGAUGUGCCACAAGCGAUCUCGAAAACGAUAACGAAUUUUGAGAACUUUAACAAGUUUAUCUAUUUAUCUCUAUCUUUAUUGUGUCAUGGAUGCAGUGUUGAGGAUGGAAAAGUGCAUUUUAUGAGAGAAUUUUACCUGUGCAGUGUAUAGUGACGGACAUGCCUGAGUUUCGACGCCUGGCAGCCAGUGUAAAAAAAAAGAAGCCACUUUCGCCGACUCAGCGGUUGAGUCAUUCGAACAGUUCUAUUUACUUGAUGCGAUAACGUUUUAGAUGCAUCUAAGUUCGAUUCAGUUGGCGUGCGCGGCACUGGUGGCGGUGGCCCUGGGCGCGGCGGCGCCGCCCUCGUCGUCGCACCACGUCGCGAGGCGCUCCUUCUUCACCCUCGAGUGCAAAGGAGUCUACGACGCGGCCAUCUUUGCCCGCCUCGAUAGGAUCUGUGACGACUGCUACAACCUCUUUAGAGAACCACAACUCUACACUCUAUGCAGGAAAGACUGUUUCACGACAGAUUACUUCAAAGGCUGCGUGGAGGUGCUACAAGAAACUGACCAGUUAGAACAGUUCAAGGAAUAUAUAAGAAUAUUACACGGGGCCGUCCCCCCGGCUGGGAAUUAGGGAGAAAUGCUUCACAUCGCCCUAUUUCAAGGGAUGCAUGGAGUCUUUGUACCUCUACGACGAAAAGGAACAAAUUGAUCAGAUGAUCGACUUCGUCGGUAAACGCUAAUCUACAAUCGCGACCAAAAAGUUCCGACGCAUCUAACCGUGUAAUAACUACGCAGUACCAACUUCCAACGCAAAGGUUCACGCAACGACCGCUUUGCCAUAAAGCAGACCAUAGACAAUGUUCCAGUUGGACAUCUGCUUUCUUCCUCAACAUAUUCUAGUCCUUAAGCGACGUAAAUAGUUUUAUGUUCGCAACUAAAUGUAAUGUUAUUGUAAUUUGUAUUAAGUAAACUAAGGACAUUUAUUAUCUAUUUUAUGGUUUAUAUGUUAUUAAAUGUUGUAAGCUUCUUACUUAGGGAAGUGUAAAGUACAUUGUAUCACCUCCUAGUAUUGAAAUUCGAAAAUUUGAGGCAGCCUUUGGUGUCGAUGCUGGUCAUCUGUCCUGUCUCGUGAGAUCCGACUGAGAUUAACGAUUUUAAUGUCUAGGUGUCGUUUUGAGAUGGCGACUGGGUGUCUGGAGGCAGCUGGUUGCUUACCCCGCUUCCGAUCAGCUUCGCCCGGCAGCUGCCCGGCUCCCACUCGAACGUCUCAAAGCGACAGCUGAUUAGCGACGCAUUCCAAUCACAGUAUUUAAAAAAACGAAUACUUACGCUUUUUCAAGUCUACAAUUCAUUUUAUCACAUUUUUGUAUUAAUUUUUGAAUUAUAUUUUAAAAAGCCUUACAAUAGAUUUUACAAGAUAGUAUUUGAUUUUAUAAUGUUAGGUAGGUUCUGAACCAAUAUACUUCUUUGCUAUACGAAUUUGAACUUAAUUACCAAGAAACUUUGAUUUUAGUUUAAUUAAAACUUAGUAUUCACAAUCUGUUGCUAGUUAGUUUGUACGUAAAUCACGCAUGUGGCUUAUACAUCACUUAGGUUUAUCUCUACAAAACUCAGGGAGUUUAUUGUUUUAGUUGUCAUUCGCGUUUAUUUAUUUAUUUAUUAUUCAUGUUCAUGCAAAAGGACCAGUUUCACUAACUGAUAAAUGCUAAAACUUUCCAAUUUUAAUGUAAUAGAAUAAAAAAUAUUUUCAUAUGUCAGGUUACCUUGGUUAGUGAAACUGGGCCUUAAGGUUCUCAUUGGUGCAAGUAAAUGUAAGUAAGUAAGAUAAGUAAGUCUACUUGCACAAAUGAAAACUUGACUAUUCACAAAUUCUACCGAAAUUAUGCCCUCUUCGUUUGAUAGCCGAGCGAGUUUUAUGAUUAUUUUUAUUAGUUAAUUUCAUUAGUUAGUAAGUAUUUAAAAAAAGAUUUAUUUUUAUAUACUUCCGACCUAUUUAUUACCUAUUGUUACUUUUUAUUUAUAUUUUUUUAAUAAUAAGUAUGAAUAGAAACUUUUUCGUGCAGCGAUAGAGUGUACCAGUGUGAAAAAAUAUUUAACUACUCAUAUUAUAUUCCUGAUUUUUUUAUUAUCUUUAAGUUGCGGUUAAUACUUAUUUAAAAGUUUUCUUUUUGUAAAUUCCGCUGUAACUCUUGUCUGUGUUCGAAUCUCAUCUUUUAUUAGUUUAUUAGCGUUUCUUAUGUUUCAUAGACAUACUUUGUAAUGAAUAUCGACACAGUGACGUCAUCGUUUCGACACAAAACAGUCUGUCCUGUGACAUAGAUAAAAUGGUGCCAAUUAUUGUCAGCAAGACACUAGGUUUAAAAAAAUUAGCUAAUGGUAUAUAAACAAUGUAUAGGACGCGUUUGUAAAAAUGAAUUAGUAAAUUAUUAUAAAUAAUUGUAUAAAUUUUAUAAAAACAGCUAAGAAACGCUACGGGUUCCAUGAAAUAUAUUUGAUUUGAAAAUCA